CGAGCCAGUUGUGUUGUGUAUUUUUGUUGAUAGCAAGUCGGAAAAAAGACCCGUGCAAGCGGACUAAACUUUACCCCAACCAUGGAGGAAGUGACCCCACGAUCUAACGAACACUGGAAGCGGGCUUAUCUUGGACCGCUGCCGGAUGAGUUUCUGCGUGUUACGACAGCGCAAGACAUUCAGGAAGUGUCCGAUAGGCAGGCUGCUUUGGCCCUCCAAAGUUACCACAACACGUACACGCCACACAUGGCACCUAACUUUGUCGGCCGGCUAAGCAUCACCAUUGCACAGGCUAAGCUGGUGAAAAACUACGGCAUCACACGCAUGGAUCCGUACGUGCGCCUACGCGUGGGUCACUUUGUUUACGAAACGCAAACUGCACCAAACGGUGGUCGAAAUCCACGCUGGAACCGUGUCAUACACUGUCAGCUUCCAGCCGGCGUCGAGUCGAUUGCGCUCGAAAUCUAUGACGAGUGUAACUUUUCCAUGGACGAAUUGAUAGCGUGGGCCGAAAUUCGUAUCCCACAGUCGGUGUUGCGUGGCGAAACGCACGAAGAUUGGUACCCAUUGAGCGGCAAACAAGGCGAAGGGCUCGAGGGCAGUAUCGAUAUGGUGAUGAGCUUUAAUAACAUGGUCGUCCAGCCGCGCAUGAUACAAACCAAUGCACCGGUCGUGUUGGUACCGAACGUGGCCACCGGCACCCCGAUGCCUGUGUUUGUUGCUCCGAAUCAACCGCAGGUGGCAAGGCCACCACCUCCCGUGCUUUCCGACGACGAUCUAACUCGCAUUCACGAGAUGUUCCCGCAGAUCGAUAAGGAGGUGAUUAAAUCGGUCGCCGUAGCCAACAACCAAGACCGUGACGCAGUCAUCAAUGCCUUGCUGCAGAUGAGCAGUUAGAUUUGGGAAACGAUAAGCAAAGCAUGAUAGCAGAUAAGAUGAUAAUGAUGCUCUUAAGACCGAACGCAUUUGACAGUGCUCCCGUGCACUCGGCAGCUUGGGCAAGUUUAUUAAACCUUCCAAUAAUUUUUGUUGUUUAUGUUAAUAAUUACAAAAGCUUCUAACUGUGUAUUUAAUAAAUGUACGCUAGG